GACAGACAAGUGUCAAAAAAUAUAAACUGCUAAAAAUUAUUUAAUUAAAUUAAUUUUCAAAUUAACCAAAUAAAUUAUGUUACUCUAAGCUAAAACAAGUUGUACUUAAUCAUGUACUCAUUGGGAAGACAGUGCGGCUUAUAUAAGUGUCUCAAAAUAUUGAGGUUAACUUUUUCGGAUUUCUGUAGCCUACCCGAUAUAAAGAAUUUAAAUAUAGUCAGAACGGUAGAGAAGACGAUAGAUAAUAAUACGAGCAUCUUCAUCGAGAGUCCUAUUCAUGUUAAGGUGCAACCUAUAGAUGUAAACGAUAUCGGAGCUCACAAUAAGUUGACUAUGACAUUAUACAGUGAGGGCAAAGACGCAAGUGAUUUUCAAGUAAAGCAGACCUCCAAACGGUUAGAGUUGCUCAAUAAAAAUACUUCAUCCGAUCGGAAUGACGUUUGUAUCAUACAAGUACCAUAUAAACUUAAUGUUCAAGUCACAACCACCGAAUGCGCCUCUGUGUUUUUGUCUAAACUGGAAGGAGAGGAGUUCGUUGUUCAGACUGAACGAGGUACAGUGAAUGUCGCUGAUAUAAAGGCCAAUAACAUUAAGGUGGACAGUAAAGAAGGAUCGGUGACCACUAACGGUAGACUUCAAGCUUCCAACAUUGAAUUGAAGACUGGCUUGAAUUCGGGUAUAAACUGUAAUAAUAUUAUGGCGAAUUCAUUCAAUGUGACAACACACGCUGGUCCAAUUGCUGUUAAAUCUUGUUACAGUAAUAAAUCUCAUUUCACUACACUUAUGGGCAACAUCCGUUUGGACCAUUUGCACAGAUCUGUAAUGAUUGAUGUGAUAAAGAGUGGCAACCUUUACAUCACUAGUUUUUCUGGAAAUUUACAAGCAUCAUUAAAGAGUGGCGAUGUGUUUAUGCAUGCAUCACAAUUGACAGAGAAAAGUAGUAUUUUUAUACAUGAAAAAGGUAAAGUGGAAUUGCUUAUACCAGACAUUAUAAACAAUUUGCCGGCUACCAACUUAAUUGCUGAGAAGAUAACUGUAGAUGACAAGAUAAUGAAGCUGGGAAGGUUCAUGGAUGACUCUCAUCCUAAAAGGUUCAGGUUUGAAAAGGAACCUCAGAAUGAGUUACAUAUAGUUUGUAAGAAUGGUUCCAUUGAAUUAAAGGAAACAAAUUUACCUUUCAUUGUGUAA